AUGGGCAACGACGCACUCAAAGCCAAUCCUAUGCAAAACACGGUUACGACCAAUAACCAUAUCACCACCGCCGGUUCAGACUUCUACUAUGCGAUAUGUGCUGCGAUGGGCUUCAGCACCUUCGUCUUCAUGGCAUUGUCGUUCAAGAAAACCCGAUCGCAAAGAAUCUUCCAUUACUUGACGGCUUCGAUCACCCUCGUCGCCUCGAUUGCCUACUUUUGCAUGGGAAGCAAUCUGGGAUGGACGGCCAUUCAGGUCGAAUUCGAACGCAGCGACCCUAAAGUAUCAGGGAAUAUGCGACAGAUCUUUUACGUGAGAUAUAUCGACUGGGCAAUCACCACACCAUUGCUGCUGGCCGAUCUCCUGUUGACAUGUGGCCUCCCGACUCCCACCAUCAUGUAUGUUGUGUUGAUGGAUGAGGUCAUGGUCGUCACUGGCCUAGUUGGGGCUCUUGUCAAGUCCAGCUACAAGUUUGGCUUCUUUGUGUUUGGCUGCGUCGCAUUCCUCUUUGUGGCCUACACGGUGGUAUUUGAAGGUCGCGCGUACGCCCGUAUACUCGGUCAAGAUAUAUCAAAGACGUUCACCAUCUGUGGGGUGUGGACAAUCUCGCUCUGGUUCCUCUAUCCCAUUGCCUGGGGAUUAUCUGAAGGCGGAAACGUCAUUUCUAGCGACGGUGAAGCAGUCUUUUACGGCAUUCUUGACCUGUUGGCCAAACCUGGUUUCGGAGCGCUUCUUCUCUGGGGACAUCGCUCGAUCGAGGUUGAACGACUUGGAAUUUCGAUCCGAGAUCCAGAAACGAGCCCGUCCAGUCACAAGGAGAAAACUCAUCGACACCACGACAAUGCUGUUACUGGUGAGCAUGAAGGUGAAAUUCAGCCUGCAACUGCGUAA